AUGUACUAUGUGGAAGUGUUGAGUAUUAGCAUGGAGGGCAAGAAGCUUCCUAUAGAUCCAGUAGAGUUUCAAUUAAGAAGUGAUUUUAAGGGUGGGUUUGCUAUUGAUACAGGAUCUGCAUUAACUUAUCUUGUUCAAAAUGCAUAUAACAUUGUCAGAGUUGAGAUAGUUAAAUACUUACAGGCAUAUAACUGGAAUCCUACGGUGCAUUCAGAGCUACCUUAUGACCUUUGCUAUGAUGUCAUCCCAAUCGAAAAUCAACAAUUUCCAUCAUUAACAAUUCAUUUUCUUGGAGCAAACCUUGAUCAGCUUGGUAGUCAUCGAGUCUUCCAAUUAUUUUACGAUGAUACUUUUUGCAUGUUUAUCUUGCCUACUUCUCAACAAGGGACAAAUAUUCUAGGGGCAUUUCAGCAAGCAGAUUAUCGAUUCUUGUUUGAUGUUGGAACAGGUUAA